ACCCGAGUGCGUGCGUCCGGGGCGUCAACUCCGGAGGGCUGGGCUGCCGGCGACCGGUGUCUCGGAGCGGGAGCGGGAACGGUGACGGAGAGAAGAGCAGCGAACAGGUGGGGGUACGACACGAGGAUGGAACCCUUUUACCCGGAGAGGCUGAGAAGGCGCGCGACGGGACCCCCGCCUCACCUACCAAGAAAUCCCCCUUCUAUUGUCUCUUGGCCCCGCCCUCCAUUGGGCACGCCCUUUGCCUCAUCCCCCGCCGUUUAUUGGCUACAGGUCACGCCCCUCCUCGAUAUCUCCGUCCCCAUUGGCUCCUCUUCCACGUUAUCCUCUCCGGGAGUUUCCCCAUUGGCGCAGGCCACACCCUCUCAUUUGUCACCAGACUCCACCUUCAGUCUGGGUUCCUCCCCUCGCCAUCCUUCAUUCAUUCUGCAUCUCGUGCUGGAUGCUUGAGACAUGGGAGUGAAUCAGACCCGUCCCUGCCCUCAGGGAGUUCAGGACAUGGUGAGGGGACACGGACCUAGGCUACGACAGUGACAACCUAGGGCGGUAAAGAGGCCGCCUAGGCGCCCUGGGAGCCUCUAAGACGCCUGGAAGACUUCCCGGAGGAGAAGUCAACAGUGUGGGGAGUUGGAGUGGCCCAGCUGGAUGUGACCCCCAGAACAGAAUGGUGCUGGACUCAGGGGCUCAGGUGUAUGGGCAGCCACCCCCCAGCCCACCAGCCAGGCGCUCAACGUUGGGCCGUAGGCCGAAGCCCUCAGACCGAGAUGGAACACCGCUGUACCCCUGGCCUCGGUCCCUGGCCUUGCCCCUGGCUCUGUCGGUCUCCUCAGCCCUGCGGCCACGGCCUGAGCUGCAGUCCCUCUCAGAGCUGCGCUUGGGCCACUGUGGCCACAUGCGUCGCAGUGAGAGCACCUACACCGUAAAUAGUACUGGCCGACUCAGGGGUGGCACCCAGAGUCAGGCCCCACCUGGACGCAGACGGGAUCUAGGCGGGGGCACCCUGCGGUCUGCUUCCUCCCUGCCUCACAUUGCUAAGACUCAAAAGUCCGGAGGCCGUGGUGCCAGCAGGAGCCCCUGCCUGUUGAUGGCCCUGCGGCCAACCAACAUGGACAGUGAGCGGGACAAGUUCUUCCAGUCCCGUUACACCUACAACCCACAGUUCGAGUACCAGGAGCCCAUGCCUACGGCUGUGCUGGAGAAGUACUGUGAGGCCUCUGGACAGUUCAUCCAUCAGGCAGUUGGCAUCAUUGAGGCUGUCCUGGAGAAGUUUGGCACCUACGAACACUUUGAGGCCGCGACUGGGGGCCAGCUGCUGACCAAGUGCCAGAUCUGGUCUAUUGUGCGCAAAUACAUGCAGAAGGAGGGCUGUGUCGGGGAGGUUGUGGUGCAGCUGAGUGAAGACCUGCUGUCCCAGGCAGUGAUGAUGGUGGAGAACAGCCGACCAACACUGGCCAUCAACCUGACCGGAGCCCGCCAGUAUUGGCUGGAAGGCAUGCUGCGGCACGAGAUAGGCACCCACUACCUGCGAGGCGUGAACAAUGCCCGGCAGCCCUGGCACAGCGCCGAGGGCCGGCUGCAAUACAGGUUGCGGCCAGCGAACCCCACCGAGGAGGGCCUGGCCAGCCUGCACAGCGUGCUGUUCCGCAAGCAGCCCUUCCUGUGGCGCGCGGCGCUGCUCUACUACACCAUCUACCGAGCGGCGCACUUGUCUUUCCGCCAGCUCUUCCAGGACCUGGCGCGCUACGUGCAGGACACAGACGUGCGCUGGGAGUACUGCGUGCGCGCCAAACGCGGCCAGACCGACACCUCGCUGCCCGGAUGCUUCAGCAAAGACCAGGUGUACCUGGAUGGCAUCGUGCGCAUUCUGCGACACCGCCAGACCAUCGAUUUCCCGCUGCUGGCCUCGCUGGGCAAGGACCUGGAGCGCUACCGGCAGCAGCUGGAGCACAUCAUGGCCACCAACCGGCUGGACGAAGCAGAGUUGGGCCGCCUGCUGCCUAACUGAUACUGGUUGGGGGCUCUAGACCAUCCCCCUGAACAGGAAGAGGGCUGCUCUGUGCUUCCACAGCCUGGGUGUUUCUUGGGGAAGCUGAGGGGACAGGAGCAUCUCAGGAGGGAGGAGUGGCAACAUCCGUGGGUGUGUGUUCCCUGCUAGCCUCCCUGGACCUGGAGGCCAGCAGCAGCAUGUUGAGCAAACAGUGUGCCCUCCUGCCUCUGUCUGUUGAGCAGAGGGGAAGCCUGGGGGCAGCAGGGAAGCUGAGCAUGGAUGGGGAUGGGGGAUGGUUUGGGAGUAGAAACUUGUUCUUGCAUGAGAUGACUUUGGGUAUCUGCGUACUCCAGUCUCCCCUCCCCCACCCGGCCCCUUGGUGCUCCUUCAGCUUUCACGCUGUCUACCUCUCACUGGGUCCUGGUGGGGGUCUCCCUUCUUUUGGGGUGAUUACCUGAACCUGGGGUCCUGGCUUUCACACAGACUCAAGGGACAAGGGUCCUAGUAGGUAGAGACCCAGCUGGGCUGGGAUGUGCUUUCCAGCAUUUUGCCUCUCCCACUGCAUGUAUUUAUUCCCUAUUUAUGUGCUCUCCUUCCUGGGGCUGGAGGCAGCAGCUUCUGAAGGUUCAGGGACAGGCUCCUCUGGAAGGCACCCACUGUGCCUAGCCCCCAUCUCAGCACACGCGCACACACACACACACAGUCCUUCAGGCCCUGUGAGCUGAGCCCGAGAGUUCACCAGGCCCUGCCCCUACCCCCACCCCCUCCUCAGGCCUCUGUUGUCCUCGUCUUUGUCCACACCCUCACAGCUGGUCUCUGACAGAGGUUGGCAUAGCCUGGCAGCAGCCAUAAUCAAGCCUGAGGGGCAGACACCUACCUGUCCCAAAUCCUGAGCCCCCCCUGGACCAGGAGAGGUGCAGAGAUGGUUGUUGCUUCCAGUUUCACCUCAGACUCGCUGUCUGAGGUUGACCCAGGCCCACUCCCACCCUUGGCCUUAGUUUUCUCAUCUGUAAAAUUUGGAAAUGCAGCUGGAAAGCCCUUAUUCAUUUAGUCAGUGAAAUGCACCGAACGCCGUCUGUGUGCCAGUCACUGGUCAAGCCCUCACUGAGCUCCCAGUCCUGAGAGGAGCCAGACAAUUAAAACAACAAUUACAAUAA